CCCCAAGACUCUCGCCUCACUUUCUCUUUCUCUCUCUCUAUCAGGACAGUGGGCUGCACAGAUUUCACUACUUAAACAGCUUAGUACUUUUAAUCAUUAAAAGCUGCAUCAUUGUUUCAACAAACUGGUGAAAAUGAAACAUCUCCUUAUUUUGCCCUUAUUACUCUGGUGUUUCGACCAUGGAGUGUCUGGUGUUGAUAGAGAAGAAGUGUUUGUGAUGGAGGGAGAUUCAGUCACUCUAAACACUGGUGUUCAAACAAACCAACAAGAAAAGAUUAGAUGGUAUUUUAAUGACAUUCUCAUCGCUCAAAUCAAUAGAGAUCUCAGUAAGAUCUGUACAGAUGUUCAGUGUAAUGAAGGUACUGAGAGAUUCAGAGACAGACUGAAGCUGGACAAUCAGACUGGAUCUCUGACCAUCACAAACAUCAGAAACACAGACUCUGGAGAAUAUAAACUGAAGAUCAUCACCAGCAGCAGCGACAGUGAAAAGAUCUUCAGUGUUACUGUCCGUGAUAGAGUAUUGGUGAUGGAGGGAGAUUCAGUCACUCUAAAUGCUGAUGUUAAAACAAACCAUCAAGAGAACAUUAAAUGGUAUUUUAAUCACACUCGCAUCGCUCAACUCAAUGGAGAUCAGAGUAAGAGCUGUACAGAUGUUCAGUGUAAUGAAGGUACUGAGAGAUUCAGAGACAGACUGAAGCUGGAUCAUCAGACUGGAUCUCUGACCAUCAUGAACAUCACAAACACUGACUCUGGAGAAUAUAAACUGAAGAUCAUCAGCAGUGACAGUGAAAAAAGCUUCAUUGUUACUGUUCAAGGUGUUUCUCCUGAUGAACGAGAUGAAGUGAAGAGAAAGUCAGUGAAGGAGGGAGAAUGUGUCACUUUAGAGACUCCUGUAGGAACAAACCAAUUUGAUGUGAUGGCAUUAUAUUUUAAUGGCAUUCUCAUCGCUGAAAUCACUGGAGAUCAGGGUAAGAUCUCUACAGAUGUUCAGUGUGAUGAGAGAUUCAGAGACAGACUGAAGCUGGAUCAUCAGACUGGAUCUCUGAACAUCACAAACACCAGAACCACAGAUGAAGGAUUUUAUAAACUAGAGAUCAACAACAGCAGGUUCAGCAUCAUUAGGAGCUUCAGUGUUUCUGUCACUGAGUCAGGUCUAGGUCCAGGUGCUGUAGCAGGAAUAGCUGUUGGCAUUGCAUUUGUGGCAGCAGCUGUGGGUGUGGUGAUUUACAUUCUCUACAAGAGAACUAAAGAAAGUCAAAAUGGAGCCAGGUCGCAGAAUGGUGAUCAUAAUCAGGGUGAUAUAGAGAUUCCACUGAUGAGCAGGACACCCAUUCAUGCAGCAAGCACUUCAUUGUCGAAUUCUUCUAAUGGGGUACACCAUUCUGAGGCUGAUUCUCCAUUAAUGACUAAUGGGACAAAAUAUAAAGGUGUGUCUGGUGUUGAUACAGAAGAAGUGUCAGUGUCAGUGAAGGAAGGAGAUUCAGUCACUCUAAACACUGGUGUUAAAACAAAACAUCAAGACAAAAUUAGAUGGUAUUUUAAUGGCUCUCGCAUUGCUCAAAUCAAUGGAGAUCAGAGUAAGACCUGUACAGACGUUCAGUGUAAAGAUGGUGAUGAGAGAUUCAGAGACAGACUGAAGCUGGAUCAUCAGACUGGAUCUCUGAACAUCACAAACAUGAGAAACACAGACUCUGGAGAAUAUAAACUACUGAUCAGCAGUGGCAGCAGCGAGAGUGAAAAAACCAUCAAUGUUGCCAUCCGUGGUGGAGUGUUUGUGAUGGAGGAAGAUUCAGUCACUCUAAACACUGGCGUUGAAAUGAACCAAGAAGACAGAAUUAGAUGGUAUUUUAAUGACACUCUCAUCGCUCAAAUCAAUGGAAAAAGUGAAACCUGUACAGAUGUUCAGUGUGAUAAAAGUAAUGAGAGAUUCAGAGGCAGACUGAAGCUGGACAAUCAGACUGGAUCUCUGACCAUCAUGAACAUCACAAACGCACACACUGGAGAUUAUGAUCUGAAGAUCAUCAGCAGUGGCAUCAGCGACAGUGAACAGAUCUUCAGUGUUAUUGUCAUUGGUGUUUCUGCUGCUGAACGAGAUGAAAUGAAGAGAAAGUCAGUGAAGGAGGGAGAAUCUGUCACUUUAGAUCCUGGUUUUAGAAAAAAACUGAAUGAUUCAAUGAUGUGGUAUUUUAAUGAGAUUCUCAUCGCUGAAAUCACUGGAGAUCAGAGUAAGAUCUGUACAGAUGUUCAGUGUGAAGAGAGAUUCAGAGACAGACUGAAGCUGGAUCAUCAGACUGGAUCUCUGACCAUCACAAACACCAGAAACACAGACUCUGGAGAAUAUAAACUGCUGAUCAACAGCAGCAGAUUCAGCAUCAUUAGGAGUGUCAGUGUUACUGUAACUGCUAUUCCAGAUUCAGGUUUGUCUUCAGCUGCUGCAGCAGGAAUAGUUGCUGUUGUUGUUCUGCUGCUUGUUACUGUUGGUGGGAUUUACUAUCACCACUGGAAAUCUAGGAGAAGGAAAGCAAGACAAAAAAGAAACAGGAGAAUGCGUGAUGAUCAUCAGGAGAAUGGUGACCUAGAGGAAGUGGCCCUUAAUCGGAUUGGGACUCCUUAAAUGGCUGUUGUGCAUCGUUCAUAGAGGACACUAGCCCCAGUAGUGUGGCUCUGCUGGAAACUGCUGACAGACCCUCCACGCAAACAGGAGUUCCAAAUAGCCUUAUCCAACCAUUUUGUGGCUUUGUCAGUGUUGGAUGUAGAUGAAGAAAGGCUUUUCAGGUGCAAUAAUAGAAUGUGCCACACCCAUGUGCACGAUCACCUGUUGACAAACACAACCAUGGAUAUCAACUGAGUGCUUGGAGCUGGUAGAGAAACGAAAGCAGGCAAAGUUGGUCAAGGCGUUACUGCCAGCUUAAUCAAGAAGUCAGACUAAGGUGGAAAGUGGAACAAGAGUCGUACUGGAAUCAGGUGGCAGCUGAUCUUGAACAAGCAGCAUCCAGACACAAAUACCACAUUCUCUAUCGUACAUUCAAAAGACGGAGUGAGAAAAACAAAUCGACCAACAACUUCAUGUGAUGAUCACCUCUUGAAGUGAAGGCGGCUAUAUGAUCACUGAAAAUGGCAAGGUACCGGGAGUAGAUCCCUAUAGAAUCUAUUAAGCCUGGAGGAGAUGUCCUGCAUCGUCAUCUAAACAUACUUCUUCAAGCCAUCUCGUUUAACUAACAUGUGCCAAGCACAUGGAGAAAAGCCAUAAUCAUGCACAUUUUAAAAAAAAAAAGCAGUAAUCCGUGGGUGCUGUGACCAGAUCUUUGUACUUGGGCAGCUGCUGAAAGAAAGAAUUCAAUAUGGACAGCCAACCAUCAUUGUCUUUAUUGAGUUAAAGUCAGCAUUUAACUGUAUCUACUCGCAGGCCUUGUGGAAGACACUAAAGAUGGAAUUCAUUCUCCAGAAGUUCAUUAAACUCCUUCAUGCAUCCGAUCAAGGAUCAACUAGCCAAAUACGAAUCUGGUUUUGGUCAAGUAUGGAGUUCAUCAAGGGGAUGUCAUCUCCCUGUUAUUCAACAUCGUAACUGAUGCUGUCGUGAGAAAGGCUUUCCAGGGUAUGCGUGGAGUCCAGUACGAUAAAGAUCACUUUUUAACCGAUCUAAUGCUUGCCAGAGACAGUACCAUAUUCAUUGACAGUGAUGCUGAAACUAUGAAUAUAAUGCACACUAUCACUCACCUCGCUCAUUCAUAUGGUUUGAAAAUCAAUGCAGACAAAACCAAAGUGAUGGCAACCAAUGGCUCACAGGUCACUGUCUACCUCGAUAUGUAGGGUCGCUUGUUCAGGAGAAGUAAGUGGCAUCCACUGUAGAGAUUCAUAGGAGUAUUGGACAGGCAGCCAAGGCAUUCGCUUGCCUCAAGUGGUGCAUGUGGAACGAGGACUAACAUCUCCACAAAAACUAUUUUUGCCUCUUCCGGACACUUCUUUUGCCAGUUCUUCUUUACGGAUUAGAAACAUGGACCCUGAUCAAACCCGACCAUGACCGAUAACAGAUUACCAUACAGAUUCCUCUGGAGAGCACGACCUUCCCAAUAGAAAAAAAGCCCAGUGAAAGACCAAGGAAACAUGAGUGAGGCAAGUAGAAGAGGAUAUAAGGAACCACCAUAAUGUCCUCAAUCAAGCAAGGGAUUUCACCUAGCAUUUACACUGCGAGACCCAAUAACACACUGAUUUAUUUUGAACAAAUUCAUAGUAAUGUCAUACUUUAAGAUGCAAGUUCUCUUCAUAGAACAUGUGCACCGUUGGGUGUAUGACGGAGAAUUUCUGUGCCAAAUACGCUCCUUCAGGAUUCGUAUAAGUUUUGGAAGGUUUUUUUCCAAGUAUGUCCCUGUAUGACGUCAUAAAGAGUGGAAUUCCUUUUAUGGGCACUCCUCCAGGAAGAGGGAUUUCAGUUAUGUUUUAUAAACAAGGCCCAGUUCGACGCUGGAUUUGCAGGUCAUUUGAAACUGAAGAUGGAGCGGUCCUAGUGAUAAAAGAUCCCGGUCAUGAGUCGGAACUGCAUAUUAUGUAAACAACACAAACAUAUAUUGAAUCCAAAGUCAUCCUGGGGAUAUUGUGUGUGUUUAAAUACAUGCUGUUUAGACGGUCGCUACACAAAAGCUGCGCAUGGUCAUGACUCUUUAGCUCUGCCCACGGCACACCUCCAGGAGCUCGACUGUUUUCCGAAAGAAGCGGUACAGCUGUAUCUGAUUUUUAUAAAUCCGAUAAAACUAAAGACUGUUCGGAGGCAUGAAGGAUGCAGUACUACUCUAUAGGUACUCAAGAUUAACAUGAAAUUGGCAGAAACUGUGUUAUAUCCCCUUUAAAUCUUAUAUGUCAUAUGUUACUGACUGCUGUGCAAGCCUUUUAAUUGUGUUGAUCAUCUAAAUGGGGUUUUAAGUGCAUUUCACAAAUGUGUUCAUUCUGUGCUACAAUAAUUGUUAUGUGUAACAUUCUGCCUUUUGUAAAGAUUUUACUGCCAAGUUCUUGCAUUUCAUGUGAGGAGAGUGAGGAGACCUGUCCCACUGAGCAAAUUACGUCCAGAAGACGUCUUUUUGAGGUCUUGUCUCAGGUUGAAA